AUGAUGGUUAUCCUUGUUGUUCUUUCUCUUUUAUUUGUCUUCUUCUUCUUCGUUAUCCACUCAAGCAAAAGAAAACUUGCAAAACCACCUGGUCCCCCACCUCUUCCUCUCAUCGGCAACCUUCACCUCCUCCAUUACUCAUCCCCACAUCGCUCCCUAUGGCAACUCGCCAAACGAUACGGUCCUCUCAUGUCGCUGCGCCUCGCUACCGUACAAACCGUCGUCGUUUCUUCGGCCCGAGUCGCCAAAGAAAUCCUCAAAACCCAUGACCUCAACUUCGCAACCAGGCCCUCCUUCGUGGGCCCAAGAAAGCUUUCUUACAACGGGCUCGACUUGGGCUUCGCUCCCUACGGCCCAUGCUGGCGUGAAUUGAAGAAACUCUGCAUCGUCCACCUCUUCAGCGCGCAGCGCGUUCACUCCUUUCGCGCCGUUCGAGAAAACGAGGUUGCGCAAAUGCUACGGAAGCUGUCGGAACGCGAAGCUUCGGGCACUGUCGUGAACCUAACCGAAACGCUGAUGUCUUUCACGAGCUCUCUGAUAUGCAGAAUCGCGUUCGGUAAAAUGUACGCUGGUGAGUACGAGGAAGUUGUUGAGAAGGGAAAACAGAGGAGCCGGUUGCAGGUUCUGUUGAACGAGGCGCAAUCGUUGCUGACGGAGUUUUUCUUUUCGGAUUAUUUUCCGUUGCUGGGGUGGGUUGAUAGACUCACGGGAAAAGCACGGCGGCUUGAGAAAACGUUCAAGGAAUUGGAUGCGUUCUAUGAACGAGUCAUCCAUGAUCACAUGGAUUCAGCGAAGGGUAAAAAUAGUGAUGACGAGGAUGAAGUACAAGAUAUCAUUGAUAUCUUUCUUCAUCUUCUUGAUAAUCCUUCGUUCUCGUUUCAUCUCACUCUGGAACACAUAAAAGCCGUGCUCAUGAACAUCUUUAUAGCGGGAACAGACCCUACUUCGGCGACAAUAGUCUGGGCAAUGACAGCACUGCUAAAGAAUCCGGAAGUAAUGAGCAAGGUUGAAGGAGAAGUGAGAAGCUUAUUCGGGGAGAAAGAUUUUAUAAACGAAGAGGACAUUGAAAGGCUUCCUUAUCUGAAAGCAGUGGUGAAGGAGACAUUGAGACUGUUCCCACCUUCGCCACUUCUGAUGCCAAGGGAAGCGAUGGAGCGUUGCACCAUAGACGGGUACGAAAUUCAACCGAGAACUGUGGUGUACGUGAACGCGUGGGCUAUAGCAAGGGACCCAGAGAACUGGGAAAAGGCAGAAGAGUUUUGUCCCGAAAGGUUUCUUGGGAGUGAGAUGGAGUUGAAGGGGAAGGAGUUUGAGGUGAUGCCGUUUGGGUGUGGAAGGAGAAUGUGUCCCGCCAAGCAUAUGGGAAUGGUGAAUGUUGAACUCUCUCUUGCGAAUCUGCUCCACUCCUUUGACUGGGAAAUGGGCCCAGGGAGUGACAGGGAGGAAAUGUUGAAUACGGAAGUGAAACCAGGAAUCACGAUGCACAAGAAAACUGACCUUUACCUAGUGGCCAAGAAGAGGACAAGGUAG